AAGUGUCCCCCGAUCGAUGAAGUCACGUUUCGCCGCCGUAGUUGUUAGUACGCGCGACUCCGUCGGACACUGGCACAGUUGCUCUAGUACGCCUUCAUGCCCUAUCGCGGAAACUCAGCGACAUGGAUAAAGCGACCGAGCUGAUUCAAGCGACGCCUCCGGAAGAUCGCUUGAAGCUGUCGCGUCUUCCGAGUUCUUCGUUUACCAUCGAGAACCUUAUCGGGACGGAGCACCGCCGGGGUGGAAGCCCACCGGGGUCGGUUCGUCCGCGAUUGGGACCGUCGUCGGAUUCCACUGGGUCGUACCUGGUCAACGCGGCCGCUGGAUACAAUGCGGCAGCCAUGCUAUCGUUCACGAACUUCCCGCUGUACAAUCCGUGGGUGGGAUACCUAUCGCCGGCGGCCAACGAGAAACUAUCGCAACUGUUUUCCAGUGCUGCCAGUGGCGUGGGUGGAGUUGGGGGUGACAAACGUGUCCAUAAAUCAGUGCCAGGUGCGCCGAUAGAUGGGUCUGGCAGCGGGGACGAUGUGCCCGAUCAAAGUGAUAAAUCGUCAAUCGAAGUGAACGCCUUCAAGACGUUUCCAGGGGCGACGUACGCAGGGGCUGCGCCGAAUCUCGAAGUGGCAGCGCAAUAUUUUGCAAACAGUGCUCGAAGGUCCUUCUAUAAUCCGACGGAUUUCGGUGAAAGUGCUUCAAGUGGUAGUGAUAAGAUAAAUCAUAGCAAUUACAGUGGUGCGAACAUCGGUGGGAGAAUAUUUCUAAGGAAUUUUAGUAGUGACUUGGCGGCGGCGUCUUCGCCGGCAGUUGUCAAUCAUAGUAGCCUGGAGCUGCAGGACACGGAUUCGAGGCAGUCGUACCUGAACAUUGAUCGGGAUGAGGAUGAGCGGCCGGUGGCGGUGGGGGUUGCUGAUGGCGGAGCGGAUAGCAAUGAUGACGGGUCGUACAGUGACGAUAUCAGCUUGUCGCUAUCGCCGACAGGGUGCGGAAAAGGCAACGAACUGGAUGAGACCGAUUCCGAACCAUGUUCGGACGACGAUGAAUCUGCUCCACACGGUACACCUCACUCAAAAACGCCCAAUGACGGUACGGGAGCCAACGGACCUAACGAAAACUGUUCCAAAUCUCGCCGGAGACGAACUGCCUUCACCUCGGAACAGCUCCUGGAGCUGGAACGGGAAUUUCACGCCAAAAAAUACCUUAGUCUGACAGAGCGCAGCCAGAUCGCGACCACGCUGAAGCUGAGUGAAGUUCAGGUCAAAAUCUGGUUCCAGAACCGGCGGGCCAAAUGGAAACGGGUCAAAGCGGGCCUGAACUCCCACGGGCUUGGCGGCCGGGGUGGAUCCAACGGGGCCACCGCCAACAGCACCAAAAUCGUAGUUCCUAUUCCGGUGCACGUGAACCGGUUCGCGAUCCGAUCUCAGCACCAGCAGAUGGAGAAGAUGAACCUGGUCGGUCCGAAGGCGGAACUGCGCAAGGAUCUGGGCUUGGAGCCGAGCAGUUUCGAGCGGUUCGGGCUGAGUAAGUUGGGACCGAAGUCAGGGGCCGGGGGGUUUUGAGGGGUGAACAUGGGUGGAGUGCGUGCGACCAAUUUGUGUGAUAGCGAUUGUUUUAUAGGAUAGGGUAAUUUUAGGAACUUGAUUGAGAGGAAGAGCGAGGCACACAAUUUCUUCAUUGAGCUCUCGGGUGGCACACUGCGGGUAGAAUUAGGGCCAAUUAGUCAGCGAGUGCGGGGAUUUAUUUUUCAAAUCGUUUACGCUCUCAGGCCAUGAGUGACGGACAGUCCACGGACGGGAGUGAACUGCAAGAGAUGUACUUUAAUUUGAGUUAGUUCGACGAUGAUUAUUAUACAAAUUGUGUGUAUAUGUAUGACUACGAAUCGAAUGCACUGUAAUGUAGUGAUUAAUCUAGUUCUAAGGGAGCAUCGCGUGGACAUGGGAGGGGAAAAGUUGCACUUUUAAUAAUAAGGUACA